UCAAGUCACAGAAGGUAUUAGCCACAACCCUGUCAACAAACUCACACCGAGUCCACUGGAUCACUUUUUUUUUAAAUGGACACUUCUUGACAGAAGUCUUUUUGUAUCCAGGAAAGCGGUGAGACUGAGUCAAGUGUCGCAGGUUGUUAUUAAAGCGCUGCAAAUGUGAACGUUGCAUGAAGUGGAGGUUUUGUUUAGCUAGCGAGCCUCCGUCAGGACGCUAGCGCUGCUUGGUGAACGACAGGUCUCCAAAAAGGCCCGAUGCAAAGCUGGCUAACACGUCCUGCAGGCUAUCGGGGCUUUGAGGUGGUAGUAAGUGUCGCUGUGCGGCCGGACUGGCCACUGCUGCGGCGGCUCGGCAGAGCUGCGUCGCUAUCAUUAGCUUGUUAGCUAAUGGACUCGCCUGGUCGGUGUUUGUUGUCGGGAGCAAACAGUCUGUGGAGUGGGCAAAGUCUGGACACCAGCUAACACGACUGGAUGUGCUUUUGUUCAGCAGACGGUCAAGGCCAUAUAAUUGAUAUUGUAGCCAUUAUUAAAUAGGAAUAAAUGUCAUCAGAGCUCUGACCCCAGGACACCUCCAGCCCAAGACCCAAAUAAUGUUGUGUGGUGAGGCCAUGACUACUUUCAACAUCACCAGAGAUAUCCUGCACAGGCAGAUCAGGGACAACAGAGCGCCCAGCUUCCAAAGGUCCUACCAUGUGACUGACCCCUUCAUCAAAAGACUUGGGCUGGAUGCUGAGCUUCAGGGCCAUACGGGCUGCGUGAACUGUUUGGAAUGGAACGAACGAGGAGAUUUGCUGGCUUCAGGGUCGGAUGAUCAACAUGCCAUCAUCUGGGACCCAUUCAGGCACAAGAAGCUUACAACUAUGCACACAGGCCAUGCAGCAAAUAUAUUUUCUGUCAAGUUCCUCCCUCACUCCGGAGACAGAAUUCUGGUCACAGGCGCUGCUGACACUAAGGUGCACGUGCACGACCUCACCGUGAAGGAGACCAUCCACAUGUUUUCUGACCACACUAACAGAGUGAAGCGCAUUGCCACAGCGCCCAUGUGGCCCAACACCUUCUGGAGCGCCGCGGAAGACGGGAUAAUCCGACAGUACGACCUGAGGGAGAGCAGCAAACAUUCCGAGGUGCUGAUCGACCUGACGGAGUUCUGCGGUCAGCUGAUUGAAGCCAAGUGUCUGGCGGUCAACCCACGGGACAACAACUAUCUGGCUGUGGGAGCCAACGGGCCGUUCGUCCGUCUCUACGACAUCAGGAUGAUUCACAACUACAGGAAAUCGAUGAGUCAAGGCUCAUCGGCAGCCGUGCACACGUUCUGCGACAGGCAGAAACCCAUCCCAGAUGGAGCCGGGCAGUAUUAUGUUGCAGGGCAUUUGCCUGUGAAGCUCCCAGACUACAAUAACCGCCUCAGGGUGCUGGUGGCCACCUAUGUGACUUUCAGUCCGGACGGCACCGAGCUGCUGGUGAACAUGGGAGGAGAACAGGUGUAUCUGUUUGACUUGACAUUUAAACAGAGGCCAUAUACCUUCCUGCUUCCAAAAAAAUGCCAGUCUUCAGCAGGUGAUGUACAAAAUGGGAAGACCACCAAUGGAAUUCAUCUUUCAACCAGCCAUUUACACUUUGCUGGAAAUAAAUUGCACUCUAGUUCUACUGAGCUCCCUCCUCACUUGGAAAGGAUAAAACAACAAGCUAACGACGCGUUUGCGAGGCAGCAGUGGACGCAGGCCAUCGAACUGUACAGCUUGGGCAUUCAUCAGGCCAGCUGCAACGCCAUGCUUUAUGGUAACCGGGCUGCAGCGUACAUGAAACGCAAGUGGGAUGGAGACCAUUACGACGCCCUCAGGGACUGUCUGAGGGCCCUGACGUUAAACCCCGCCCAUCUGAAAGCACAUUUCAGGCUGGCACGCUGUCUGUUUGAGCUGAAGUAUGUGACUGAGGCUCUGGAGUGUCUGGAUGAUUUCAAAGGAAAGUUUCCCGAGCAGGCGCACAGCAGUGCCUGUGAUGCCUUAGAUAAAGACAUCAAGGCCGCUCUCUUCUCAAAGACAGAGUCAGCUGACGAUAAGAAGUCCAACAGCUCCGUUCGAUUCCACUCAUUCGGCCGUAAGGAGUCCAUUCCUGAGGAUGAGCUGGUGUUGAGGGAGCGCAGCUUUGACUACAAGCACAGAUACUGCGGACACUGCAACACCACCACUGAUAUCAAAGAGGCCAACUUCUUUGGAAGCAAAGGUCAGUACAUUGUCAGCGGCUCGGACGACGGCUCCUUCUUCAUCUGGGAGAAAGAGACGACUAACCUGGUGAGGAUUCUGCAGGGAGAUGAGUCCAUAGUCAACUGCCUGCAGCCCCACCCCAGCUACUGCUUCUUGGCAACAAGCGGGAUCGAUCCUGUGGUGCGAUUAUGGAACCCCAGACCAGAGACGGACAGCGACAACGGGCGAGUCGUGGAGGACAUGGAGGGAGCCGCUCAGGCGAAUCAGCGGCGCAUGAACGCCGAUCCGCUGGAGGUCAUGCUGCUCAACAUGGGCUACCGCAUCACGGGCCUGCGCGGCGUCGGCCCCGACGGCUCGGACGACGAGGACAGCUCAGAAGGACAAGUGCAGUGCAGGCCGAGCUAAAGCAAGCGGUCCCUCCAUUCUGUGGAAUGGAUCUUAGGAAACAGAGGCACUCUCCCAGCUCCCGCCGGAAUCUCCUCCCUCCACCGUCUGACAGAACACUGAGCGAAUGUCAUGUCACAUCUCUGCACUAUGCAUCACCCUCCCCUGUCCUCUGAGAGGACCGGUGGAGGCCACUCUGGGAAGAGGAAUUCAUCGAGGGUGGAUACGAUGCCCCUUCUCGCCCCUCUGACACCGACAGCACCUCAGCCAUUCCCGCUGCCCCGUGGUGGCAUGGUGGGGGGGGGAGGGGGCGAAGCACCUUUUGGAAGAGCACUUUCCACGUCACUCCCCGGUUUCUUCAAAAGAAAGAUGGAGCUCAACAGUCAUCCCUCCACGGGUUUAUGUUGAACGCACACACACACAGACACACAAACACACACAGACACACACACACAGGACAUGUAAAAGGAGAAGCCUGCGGUCUGGUGACCUAUUUUUCAGGUCAGUGCGACCAGAGAGUGAACUGUGACGGAUCAGAUCGCACACCAGAGGGCGGAACGGCGUCACAUCCCUGGUUUGAUCCGCAGACGGAGACCGGCGUCGCCGUGCCCGCUCAUUUCUCAGAGGCUGCUUAUCCAAGUCAUUGAUACUAAGUUAGACGCGCGCCUAAUUUCAGUCCGCCUCUCGUCACGGGAUCUCUCCAAUAAACGUCACUCGCAGAGUUUUGAACGUCGUGGGUGUUGAUCUGACGAAAUGUAUUUUUACGCUCUUUAGUUUACAUCUGUUAGGAAAAACAAGAGGGUUCUUCUGCCAAAGGUUGUCAUCUAUAAUUUCAACAGCCAAGGAUUAAUGUUCGAUUUGUCUGUUUCAUUGAUUCUUAGUUUUGGCUCCUUUUCAGUUGAGAACAUUUUUCCACAGAAGAAUAUUGAAAAGUCUGUAAUUUAUAAAAGUGACAUUACUUUACAAAAUCAAACUUUCUAAUGCCGUGUCUCAUUUUAGUGCUGCUGAUUGCACACAAUCUUUUUAAGUUAAGAUUUCCGUGUCUAACUUGCAGGGUCUAAGUGGGACACAGCAGAAGAUGUAUGGUCGAUGACGGCUGGGCACAGUACGCUGCUGUGAUGAGGUUUCUGGCGACUCGCUGCGCGGCUUAAGCAUUGUCGUUGCGCUGCUGCAGGUGUUCACUGCUGCUUGCAUGGGGCUUCUCUGACCGCCAUUGUGGUCAAACUAAGAAAACAGCCACCUCCAUCCUGAUGCCCCAGCAAGUCACCCAAUGGGGUAAAACGUCAGUGAAGGGGCUCGCCGGGCUUCCAUGUGUCUUACUUGGGUCAUUAUGUUGUUUUUCUUUGAGAGACCAUGUAUUGAAGUUUGUUGGAAAAAAGAUGAUAAAAUAAACA